AUGGAGAAGAACAGUAAUCAUGAUGAGUCUCGUCCUGGUGCCACCCUACCUGGGGUGGUCGGACACCAGGAGACGGCAGUUGGAGGUGGCUCGCCCCAAAGGUCGAUAUCAACAAGCCAGAUCCCGAAUGAGGGGGUGUCCAGCAUGGCCCUCUCAUCCGGCAAAAAUACGACUGCUGAGACAGUCGUGCCAAGUGGCACGCAACGGAAACCAGGACCAAUCGGAGAUAAGGAACGGCCAACAGCCAGUUCGCAGAAGAGGGUCAUCGACAUCAGUGCCCUGGACGAAGAUGAACUCCUGGGUAUGCUUCGGGGAUAUAUAAAUUCCAUGUGUGCCUUUGUAAAGAGCAACAGGAACGUGCACAAGGAGCUCAAGGAAACCCUAGCAAAUUCAAGAGUGGUCUUGACGCAAUACACCAAAGUUAAGAACAGGACGCCCAGCACAGGCACCAGGAGUAACGUUUGUAAGUCACAACACACACAAACAGGCGUGGCGACUAAGGACGCCACUACCAACACAGACGCUCCCGCCUGCGAACCACCUCCUCCUAAGCCUCAGCUGGCAGGCGUGAAGCGGAAGCAGCAGCAGCCUCAACAGAACCAGCCCGGACAGCGACUGGGACUGCAGGCCACGGGGAGGAAAGAAAAGAAGAAUCGGCGCAACAAGGAACAGCACCAGCAGCAGCAACAACAUCGGGUAGAGCCGGUGCAACCAAGCCAGGAAGCAGAUCAUGACCAACAGCAGCAGCUUACAUGGAGUCAAGUGGCGAGGAGGACCAAGAAGUCAAAGAAGGAAGAUCCCCCCCCUCAAAAAAGAUGCAACCCACGGCUGCGGAGAGACUUGCCCUACUACAGCGCAGGGUCCCAAAAACGGCGGCAGUCACCAUCGAUCGCCCUGUCGACAACGGUUCACUAG